AUGAUCAAGGAGAGACGAUUUCCCAGGCUAAUUGCUGCCACAUGUUAUGAUAAUUCUAAUCCCCAUUUGUAUGGACCUAUUGUGACUGUACCGGGAGCUAACAACGUCACUUGCAAGGUUAUUUGGUACUUUCCAAAGGAUAAAUCUGCUCUCUCAGAUUCUCUCAAACUCCUUUUUGUCGGUGUUUGUAAGUUCUUUUUAUUCUUUCAAAUUCGAAUUGUUUAG